AUGGUCAGGUCAUACAGCAAGUAUGAGCAGAGCGACGCUUUUGGAGUUGUCGCAACUGCCACCUCCAACCUUGUCUGGGCCCCCGAAGUCACGCAACCCGGAACCAAAUCCUCCGGAGCAGGACGCGCAUACGCCGCCGCAAACGAGGAAGUUCUCUGCUGGGAUGUCAAGAAGGGCGAGCUCCUAAGUAGAUGGCGUGACGCCAGCUGUACCGAGGAAGUUACAGUCAUCUGCAGGAGUGAGAUCGACCCAGAUGUAUUCGCCGUAGGAUACGCAGACGGAAGCAUACGGAUUUGGGAUGGGAGAACGUCGACCGCCAUCAUCAGCUUCAACGGACACAAGUCGGCCGUCACUACGCUAGCCUUUGAUCAAAGUGGAGUGCGACUUGCAAGUGGCGCAAAAGAUACAGACAUUGUGGUAUGGGAUCUCGUUUCUGAAACCGGCCUUUUCAAGCUUCGAGGCCACAAAGGGCAGAUCACUGGCCUGCAAUUCAUCCAUCCGAGUGCAGCCGCACAGGAAGACGAGGAAGAUGCGGAGAUGGACACAGAUCAGGCUUUCCUUUUGUCGACGAGCAAGGAUGCUCUGAUCAAGAUCUGGGACAUCAGCACACAGCACUGUAUCGAGACACACAUUGCGCAAACAAAUGGGGAAUGCUGGGCUCUGGGCGUAUCGCCAGAUGGUAGUGGCUGCAUCACAGCAGGGAACGAUGGUGAGCUCAAGGUAUGGGCUAUAGACCUAUCUGGUUUACGACAAGCCGGAUCGGCUGUUGGCGAAUCUACCGAACAACGCUAUCUUACCGCAAGAGGCACCCUAUAUCGAUCUGGGAAGGACCGAACACAGGGCAUCUCGUUCCACCCGAAGUCAAAUUAUGUUGCAGUACAUGGCGCAGAAAAGGCUGUUGAGAUCUGGCGGAUACGAACAGAGGAGGAGGUGCGAAAAAGCUUAAUUAGGAAGAGGAAGAGAAGACGCGAGAAGGGCAAGACUGAACCAAGCGGAGAGACACAAGAGGAAGCGGCAGAAGACAAGAUUGAUGUCGCAGACGCCGAGAUUGGUGAUGUGAUUACCUCAUACGUCACCAUACGGACGCCAGGAAAAGUUCGGUCUGUCGCGUGGAUGAAGACUAGGGCGUCAAAGAAGAUGCAACUCCUGAUCGGUACAAACAACAACCUCAUCGAUGUAUAUGACAUUCCAACAAAGAGCAAAUCGAAGACUGACGAGGUACCGGACUACACCCGUACACUAUCUGUCGAGCUUGCAGGCCACAGGAACGACGUGCGAGCGUUGGCGCUCAGCUCUGACGAUCGCAUGUUGGCAUCGGCCUCAAGCGGUGGACUCAAGAUUUGGAACAUCAAGACACAGAACUGCCUGCGUACACUAGAGUGUGGCUACGCACUUUGCUGUGCGUUCUUGCCCGGUGACAAGAUCGUAGUUGUGGGCACGAAAGAAGGCCACCUUGAGCUGUACGACAUCGCAGCCUCGUCUCCACUCGACAAGAUAGAGGCGCACGAAGGCGCUGUCUGGACCCUGCAGGUCCACCCUGAUGGCAAGUCGCUCAUCUCUGGUAGCGCAGACAAAUCGGUCAAAUUCUGGAACUUCGAAAUCGUUCAGGAAGAGAUCCCUGGCACGAAGCGCACCAUGCCUCGUCUCAAGCUUGCCCAGUCGCGCAUUCUGAAACUCAACGACGAUGUUUUGAGCCUUCAAUUCUCGCCUGACUCCAGGCUACUGGCUGUGGCGACUCUCGACAACACUGUCAAGGUCUUCUUCGUCGAUUCACUCAAGCUUUUCCUGAACUUGUACGGCCACAAGCUACCAGUACUCAACAUGUCGAUAUCAAGUGACAGUAAGCUGAUCGCAACAUGUUCGGCUGAUAAGAACGUCCGUAUCUGGGGUCUGGAUUUUGGUGACUGCCACAAGGCCCUCUUCGGUCACGAGGACAGCAUCAUGCAAAUUUCCUUCAUCCCACACCCUGUUGAUGGCGACGAGAAGCACAUCUUCUUUAGCGCCAGUAAAGACAGAACAAUCAAGAGCUGGGAUGGCGACAAGUUCCAGCAGAUCCAGAAGUUCCGCGGCCACCAUGGCGAGGUCUGGGCUAUGACACUGGCUCGUACCGGCGACUUCAUCGUCACCGCCUCUCACGACAAGAGUAUCCGCAUUUGGACCAAAUCCGACGAACCAAUCUUCCUCGAAGAAGAGCGUGAGCGUGAACUCGAAGAGCUCUACGAGAACACUCUCGCCCACUCCCUCGAAGACGAAGAGCCCCUCACCGGCGAACGCGCCGAAGCGGUAGAUGCGUCCAAACAGACAAUUAGCUCCCUCACAGCCGGCGAGCGCAUCCAAGAAGCCCUGGACCUCGGCCUUGCGGACUUGGAAGUUGUCCAGCAGUGGGAAGUGCAGAGACGAGCGAACCCCAAGAUCGCACCACCGCAGCGUAACCCUCUGUUCAUGGCGCUGGGCAACAUCUCAGCAGAGCGUCACGUCCUCAACACCAUGGCCAAGAUCCCUGCCGCACAGCUCCACGACGCGCUUCUUGUGCUACCGUUUUCCUCGCUUCCUGCCCUCUUCACUUUCCUGAGCAUCUGGGUUCAAAAACAGUGGAAUGUCACUCUCACUUGCCGUGUUUUGUUCUUCAUGCUUAAGACGCACCAGAAGCAGGUCGUGGCGUCUCGGGAGCUGAAGGCGGUACUUGAGGAUAUGAGGAGUGAUCUGAGGCGGAGCUUAAGUGGGAACAAGGACCUGAUUGGAUUCAACGUUGCGGCGCUUAGGUUCGUAGGGGAAAGGGUUGACGAAGCUAGGGUGGUGAGAUUGGAGGACGUGGAGAGGGUUGAGGAGGAAGGAAAGCAGAGGAAGAAGAGAGGGUUUGUAGAUGUCGCGUAA